UUUGUAUUUUAAUCAGCGAUUAAAACCGCCCCCUCCACUCAUUAGUAAAUAAAAACCACCAACAAACAGCCUGUCUAUUUUAAGUGCCGGUAAUGUAUUGAAAUAUUUACAAACAUCCCAGCUGUUUGAAAUUUUUCACUAGAUUUAUAAAAUCCGGUUUUAAAUUAGUAUUUGAUGAAGGGAGCUAAUUAUGCGGACAAUAUCCCACACCCCAUGUUUCUUCCCAUUAACGGUGAGGGUUGGCUGGGAAGAGCGCGUGACGUGGAGUGCAGCCUUGGAUACAUAAUGCAUGGGAUUGUUAUUCGUUUAGCAGUGAAAGGCCCCGGAGGGCAUGAAAAUCCCUGGCGUUAUGAAAGUCAAAGCAGACACUGGAGAGGAUCCGGCCUAGUUCUAAUAAGUCAAGCUGACGUCAUAAAUAAAAGAUUAGAUCAUCAGGGGGGAGACCUUCCUUCCAAACGACCACGCGGGCUUUCUUUCAUCCCCAUCCUCAUGCAAAUCAUUUUCAUUUUGCACCUAUAAUGAACUGGGGGAAAGGGUGCUUUUUAGGCGAAGAUAGCUUUCUUUCAAGGUUCCACGAUGGAUGUUUAAAUAUUAUAAAAAGCUUUUAAGAAAUAUAAAAAUUAAUUUAGAUCCGGGGAAAAAUAAUUU